AAGUGUCGUAAAUUCGCAUCUCUACCGCCGCGCACACAUCUUAUUUAAAGGAGCAGCACGGACAGACAGUCAGUUGACUCAUCAAGAUAAAUAACAGACUCGGCAAAAAGUAGUUAACGCCACAAAACAAUGUCAACAGCAGGUCAGGUCAUCAAAUGCAAAGCAGCUGUUGCAUGGGAGCCCAGGAAGCCUCUGUCCAUCGAGGAUGUGGAGGUGGCCCCACCUAAAGUCCACGAAGUCCGCAUCAAGAUAGUUGCCACGGGCGUGUGCCACACAGACCUUGAAUACCUGUAUGGAGCUGGAAAAGCGAUGAAGUUCAGACCAUUCCCGUUAGUUCUCGGCCAUGAAGCAGCAGGGAUAGUGGAGAGUGUUGGUCCUGAAGUCACCAAAUUCUCACCAGGCGACAAAGUUAUUCCUCUUUUUCUGCCACAGUGUGGGGAAUGUGAACGGUGUCGCAGUCCUAAAACCAAUCAGUGCAGGAAGAACUGGGCAAAUACACAAGUGGGUGUAUUGGCUGAUGGCACAAGCAGGAUAUCCUGCAAGGGGCAGCAGGUGUACCAGUUCCUUGGCGUCAGUUCUUUCUCCCAGUACACUGUGGUUCCCGAUACCUCACUUGCAAAGAUAAGAAGCGAUGCACCGCUAGACAAAGUGUGUCUACUAGGCUGUGGUGUCUCCACUGGUUAUGGUGCUGCUAUUAAUACGGGCAAGGUUGAAAAAGAUUCCUCAUGUGCCGUGUUUGGGCUCGGAGCUGUCGGACUGGCAGCCAUCAUGGGCUGCAAGGUUGCCGGGGCAACCAGGAUCAUUGGUGUGGAUAUCAACACUGCAAAGUUUGAGAAAGCCAAGGAGUUUGGUGCCAGUGAAUGUGUUAACCCCAAUCAAUGUAGCAGGCCCAUUCAGGAGGUUCUGGUGGACAUGACAGGCGGAGGAGUGGACUACGCUCUGGAGUGUGUUGGAAGUCCAGGUGUUAUGAGUGCUGCGCUUGAGUCUACAAUAGAUGCCUGGGGCACCUGUGUCAUUGCUGGAUGGACGGAGACGGAAGCAAUGAGCGUCGUGGUUGAAAAGAUCCUGAUGGGACGCACCUUGAAGGGGACUUAUUUUGGAGGUUGGAAGAGUGUGGAGGGUGUGCCUAAACUGGUGGACGACUACAUGAACAAAAAGCUGAAGCUGGAUGAGUUUAUCACCAACAUCCUCCCGCUGGAUCAAAUCAAUGUGGCCUUUGCAGAUAUGACAAGUGGUAACAGCAUCCGUACUGUCAUCAGUCUGUCGACAGAGGAGACUAGUGGCUAGUCAUAUAAGAUGAAGAAUUGACAUUUUGUGUCAUUGUAAUGAUGUUUUGCACACAACUCUGCAGUGUAUUUGUGAACAUCUCAAUGCUCGCUUUCUAAAAAGAUGUUGACAAUUAAAAUGUUUUCCUUGCUUGACAAGUGUCCAUAUUGACCACUAGAUGGCAGUCUUAUAUCAGUCUUAAGCUUCUGCAUUUGUGGCCAUGAAUUCCAUUUAGCUUUAUAAAGUUGCUUAUAUCUGCAAAUGAUUCUGUAUUUUUAUUCAUAUUAACUUCUGAGUUUGUUUUUUCUUGUUUAUCACACACUUGAUCAAAAGGCCACAGAAUGUCCAGUGCAUUUGUGUGAAAUAAUACCGAAUGAAGU